CGAGCGAAAACUGGGACUGGGCAUGCUCGGCGGCGGCGCAGGUUUUGGUCACAAGUAGGAAGAAACCAGUGCACUACACCGGCGAAGAGAAGCGGGAGCUGCUACUGGCCUGCGGCCGUGGGGUCGGUUGUCGCCGCCUCGGAGCAGGAGCAGAAGCAGGGCGGGAGCCAGGGUGGGAGAGGGGCGAAGCUACCAGGCCGAGAACCGCCCAACCUGCCUCCCGUUUUCUGCCUCUUGUCCGCGCGGUGCGCCGGACCCCGGGUCUGUCACCUGGGCGCCAGGGACUCCUGCGCCGGGGAACCGUAGCAUACGGAACCCUCCCUCCUCUGGCCGCGGUCGGUGGGCGCCCCUCCUGGGGCGGAGCAGCCGCCGUCCUCUGCGGGCGGCUGAGUGUCCGGCUCGCGCCCGGACCGAGCGGCCGCCGUCAGCCCCGAGGAGGAGGAGGAGGCGGCCAUGGGGCUUCUGUCCCAGGGCUCGCCGCUGAGCUGGGAGGAGACCAAGCGCCACGCCGACCACGUGCGGCGGCACGGGAUCCUCCAGUUCCUGCACAUCUACCACGCCGUCAAGGACCGGCACAAGGACGUUCUCAAGUGGGGCGACGAGGUGGAGUACAUGUUGGUAUCUUUUGAUCAUGAAAAUAAGAAAGUCCAAUUGCUCCUGUCUGGAGGGGAAGUUCUUGAGACUCUACAAGAGAAGGGGGAAAGGACAAACCCACACCAUCCUACUCUCUGGAGACCAGAGUAUGGGAGUUACAUGAUUGAAGGGACGCCUGGGCAGCCCUAUGGAGGAACAAUGUCUGAAUUCAACACAGUUGAGGCCAACAUGAGAAAACGCCGGAAGGAGGCCACUUCUAUAUUAGAAGAAAAUCAGGCCCUUUGCACAAUAACUUCAUUUCCAAGAUUAGGCUGUCCUGGGUUCACAACGCCUGAGUACAAACCCAACCCAGUUGAAGGAGGAGCUUCCAAGUCCCUCUUCUUCCCCGAUGAAGCAAUAAACAAGCACCCCCGCUUCAGUACCCUAACUAGGAACAUCCGACACAGGAGAGGAGAAAAGGUGGUCAUCAACGUGCCAAUCUUUAAGGACAAGAACACACCAUCUCCAUUUAUAGAAACAUUUCCUGAGGAUGAUGAGGCAGCAAAGGCUUCUCAGCCGGAUCAUAUCUACAUGGAUGCCAUGGGAUUUGGGAUGGGCAACUGCUGUCUUCAGGUGACAUUCCAAGCCUGCAGCAUAUCAGAGGCCAGAUACCUUUAUGAUCAGUUGGCCACCAUCUGUCCAAUUGUCAUGGCUCUGAGUGCUGCGUCUCCUUUUUACCGAGGAUAUGUGUCAGAUAUUGAUUGUCGCUGGGGAGUGAUUUCUGCAUCUGUAGAUGAUCGAACUCGGGAGGAGAGAGGACUGGAGCCACUGAAGAACAAUAACUAUAGAAUUAGUAAAUCCCGAUAUGACUCAAUAGACAGCUACUUAUCUAAGUGUGGCGAGAAGUACAAUGACAUCGAUCUGACCAUAGAUAAAGAAAUCUACGAACAGCUGUUGCAGGAAGGCAUCGACCAUCUCCUGGCCCAGCAUGUUGCUCAUCUCUUUAUCAGAGACCCACUGACUCUGUUUGAAGAGAAGAUAAACCUGGAUGAUGCCAAUGAGUCUGACCACUUUGAGAAUAUUCAAUCCACAAAUUGGCAAACAAUGAGAUUUAAGCCCCCUCCUCCAAACUCAGAUAUUGGCUGGAGAGUAGAAUUCCGACCCAUGGAGGUUCAGUUAACAGACUUUGAGAACUCCGCCUACGUGGUGUUUGUGGUGCUGCUCACCAGAGUGAUCCUUUCGUACAAAUUGGAUUUUCUCAUUCCGCUGUCAAAGGUUGAUGAAAACAUGAAAGUAGCACAGAAACGAGAUGCUGUCUUGCGGGGAAUGUUUUAUUUCAGGAAAGAUAUUUGCAAAGGUGGCAACGCCGUGGUGGACGGGUGUGGCAAGGCCCAGAACAGCACAGAGCCCGCCGUGGAGGAGUAUGCCCUCAUGAGCAUAGACACCAUCAUCAACGGGAAGGAAGGCGUGUUUCCCGGACUGAUCCCAAUUCUCAACUCCUACCUUGAAAACAUGGAAGUGGACGUGGACACCAGAUGCAGCAUCCUGAACUACCUGAAGCUGAUUAAGAAGAGAGCAUCUGGAGAACUAAUGACAGUUGCCAGGUGGAUGAGAGAGUUUAUCGCAAACCAUCCUGACUACAAGCAAGACAGUGUAAUAACUGAUGAAAUGAAUUAUAGCCUUAUUUCAAAGUGUAACCAAAUUGCAAAUGAGUUAUGUGAAUGCCCAGAGUUACUUGGAUCAGCAUUUAGGAAAGUAAAAUAUAGUGGAAGUAAAACUGACUCUUCCAACUAGACAUUCUGGUAAAGGAAAAAUACGUUACUGUUGACAAACUGGCUGCAGUGCCACGCCCCUCGCCUGUGUGUGUGGUAUGAAGACCCAAAUAGAACUGCACUGUCUCCUGGGCCGCUGAGCCGGGAAUUGACGUAGAGGCUUACUUCAGUCGGUAAAUCUAGAGUUUAUACAGUACAUGUACAUAGUAAAGUAUUUUUUGAUUAACAAUGUAUUUUAAUAACAUAUCUAAAGUCAUUGUGAACUGGCUUGUACAUUUUUUAAUUCUUACUCUGGAGCAACUACUGCCUAAGUAGUUUUGUAGAUGCACUGGUGAUUGUACAAUACCUGCUUUCCAGAGGUUAAAAUGUUUACUGUAAAUUUUUGUUCCUCUAAAGACUACCUGGGACCUGAUUUACCGAAAUUUUUCACUUCACUUUAAAAAUGCUUUCUCUUGUUAACUUUCUUCGAGUCAUCUCCUUUGUUGGGUCCACAGAAUCACUUAAAUCCAUUGAAGUGCUUCAAGAGUAAUCUUGGGUCUCUGGGGCCUUAUCUGUGAUGUUUCAUUUGCAAUUGGAAUAACUAAUCACUUGGUCACCUUGCCCUAAGCUAUCAUACUUGAAUAAAACCCAUGGAACUCUG